GCUGUAGUCUUCUCAUCCGUCCCCCAGGAGGCUCUGCUUCCCCGGCCCCUUUGUUCCGUCUCGCCGGUGUGGGUUGAGUCAGUCACGGGGAGGCUGCGCUAACCCUCCCAACAAUAAGAGGGGGGGGGGAAAAAAGAGAAAGAAAACGAAAACACACCGUGUAGAAAACCGACGGGAGAGGGGGCGAGGGAGAAUAGAGAGCGUCGGAGGAAGUCACGGGAAGACGAGACGGGUGGCGCGCGCCUAUUGGCAAGAUAAAAGAAAGAAAGAAAGAAAAGUUGCUCCUGAUGCGUUCGUGGUCACAAGUCGGACAGACAGCUUUACGGGGGGCGAAAAAGACAUCUCGGGGAGACAUCAGGGCGCUUUUUGAUGCACGCUUUAGGGAAGCUAAGUGCUAACCGGUAGGUAGGUAGGACGGAUCCACGCGGCAGCGGCGGCGGACUCUCCCUUUCUGCUCCCCUAAGCAUCCAUAUUUGCAUCCUCCCGGCCCAGGGAGUGGCAUCCUCCCUUUUUUCCCCUCUUCCAAGUGGCUCCUUUUUAUACAUGAUCUGGACCCUGUCUUGUGUGACUCACUUAGUACAACAUGGAGGGAGAUGAUCACCACCUCGUGGUUUAGUGCCUUCGGCGCCUUUUUUUAUCCACAAUAAACAUGCUGAAGUCCAGCGGGCUGAAGAUCCCCGGGCGCGGGCCCAAGCAUUCCAGCCCGAUGGGAAGGAGCGCAACCUCGAGCUCCCCCGUGCCCCCCAAGGACAAUGCUCCAGUCAAGCCCAGCACGCCGCCCAAAGCGUCGGAGGAGGGCGACGAGGUGGCGGGUGACUACACGGUGGGAGAGCAGGUGUGGGUGAACGGCGUGAAAGCCGGGGUCAUCGCCUACCUCGGGGAGACCCAGUUCGCCCCGGGCCAGUGGGCCGGUGUCAUCCUCAACGACCCGCUGGGCAAGAACGACGGCUCGGUGGGCGGCGUCCGCUACUUUGAGUGCCAAGCCCUGCAGGGCAUCUUCACGCGGCCCUCCAAGCUCACGCGACAGCCCACGGCCGAGGGCAGCGACAGCCUGUCCGCCGAGUCGCUCAGCGCCCAUAAUCAGACGCUGCAAGGAGGCGGCGGGGGGGGCCUCGUCGGGCAGCGGGCGCCGACGCUCCGAGAGGGCCUGCUCAACAGCGCCGUCAAGACGGGAAACGAGUCGGGCUCCAACAUGUCUGACAGCGGCUCUGUCAAGAAAAGCGCCGACAAGGACCUGAGGGCCGGAGAUCGUGUUUUGGUGGGAGGCUCCAAGAUGGGUGUGAUCCGCUACAUAGGGGAGACGGACUUUGCCAAGGGCGAGUGGUGCGGCGUGGAGCUGGACGAGCCUCUGGGCAAGAACGACGGCGCCGUGGCUGGCACCAGAUAUUUCCAGUGCCUCCACAAGUUUGGCCUGUUCGCGCCCGUACACAAGGUGAUCCGCAUCGGCUUCCCGUCCACCAGCCCGGCCAAGGCCAAGAAGAGCAAGCGAGUGGCCAUGGGCGUGUCGUCGCUGGCUCACAGCCCCAGCAGCUCGUCCAUCAGCUCCGUCAGCUCGGUGGCCUCGUCGGUGGGCGGGCGACCCAGCCGCGCCGGCCUGCUGACGGAGACGUCGUCGCGCUACGCCCGCAAGAUCUCGGGCACCACCGCCCUGCAGGAGGCGCUGAAGGAGAAACAGCAGCACAUCGAGCAGCUGCUGGCUGAGCGCGACCUGGAGCGCGCCGACAUGGCCAAAGCCACCAGCCGCAUUUGCGAGGUGGAGAAGGAGCUCAGCGCCCUCAAGUCGCAGCAUGUGCAGUAUGUGUCGGAGAACGAGGGCGCCCUGCAGCAAGUCACGGCCGCCUUGGCCGGCGUGCAGAAAGCCAAGGUGGAGCUCGCCAAUCAGCUGGAGGAAGAGAAGAGGAAAGUGGAGGACCUCCAGUUCAGAGUGGAGGAGGAGUCCAUCACCAAAGGAGACCUGGAGGGAAAAUGCAAGCAUGACUCUGCAUCCUUGGGGUUGGGUAAGAGGACCAAGCAAACCACGGUGGAGGAGCAAAGAUGCAUCGUGCAGCUGGAAAAGGAGCUGGGCCGAACCAGGGCCGAGAUCGAGAUCCUUCGGGGUCAGCUGCCGGGCGCCGCCAGCGCCCAAGCGCUCGAAUCUCAAUCGAAUCCGGCGGCGUUGGCGGCGAGUCGACGGGAGACCGAGGCGCUAAAAUUGCUGUCGGAGAAACAGAGCCAGGAGAUUGGUGAGUUGAAGCUGAAGGUCCAGCAGGCCACUAAGGAGAACAUGGACAUGAUGGAUGCCUGGAAGGCUAAAUUUGACUCUCUGGUAAGCGACCACCAGCAGUCCCUGGAGGAGCUCAAGACCUCGUUCUCCGGUGAAAGCUCCACGCCCGAGGGACGAGAGCUUCGGGCCACCGUGGAGGGCCUGAAGAUGGAGCAUCAGCUCGAGGUGGAGAACCUCAAGGCCAAGUACAAAAUCGAAGCCGCCAUCCUCACCAAGGAACGCGAAGACCUCGUCGCUCGCCUCCAGGAGGCCGAGGACCACACCGGUAGUGAGGCCUUGGAGGAAGCCGGCGGCAAACUGCAGCGGGCUGAGAAAAGGCUGGCGGAGAUGGAGGCGCUUCAACGGGAGAGCGCUCGAGAGCUGAAGGAACGGCUUGAGAUUUCGGAGAAACAGUUAGCGGACUCCCGAUCCUUGCGGGAGGUCAGUCAAGAGGAGGUCCAGAAGCUGCGAGAGAAGCUGAGGGUGACGGCCAAUCAGCUGCAGGCCAUCCAGACCGACCGCGACGCUAACGUGAUUGAAGAUAGCCACCUUUCUGACAAGAAGCUCGAGCAGAACAUUGAAGAAACCACGGAGAAGCUCCUGAAAAGGGAAAAAGAGGUCUCCACUCUCACCUCCCAAGUUGAAGCUCUCAAAUCUCAAAUUGGAGUUCUGGAGGGCAAAGUUCGCUCGGGGGAAAGGAAGGCCGAAGCCCUCGUGCGGGAGAAGGUGCGUUUGGAGGCGGAGCUUGAGUCCAUGACCAGAAAGUCCCACGAUGCCUCCGGGCAGCUGCUCAGCAUCAGCCAAGAGCUGUUGAAGAAAGAGGGGAACCUCAACGAGCUGAGGGUUCUGCUCCUGGAGUCGCGUCGACACUCUCGAGAGAUGGACAAAGAUCUGAACCGUGAAAUGCGCAAAGCCGAGUGGAAGGUGAAGGAGCAAAAACUGCAGGAUGACAUCAAGACGCUUCGGGAUAAACUCCUCGUGCUGGGCCGUGAGAGAUUCUCCCCGGACCACCGCCGUCACUCCAUGCUGGACCCCUCGGCUUUGGACUCCGAGGUGAGCCGCCUUCGCCAGCAGCUGCUCAGCACUGAGGACGCCCUGAGGACGGCCCUGGAGCACAACCAGCAGGUGGACCAACUGGUGCAGGCCAUGAGGAAGCAUCCAGAGAAAAGCCCGGUAAGGUGCUAUGGAUGGCAUACUCCUGAAAAAGGCGAAUCAUUCUCCAUCACUCACUCAUCUGCUUCUUCUCCUUCAGAUGCACGGAGCCCACAAGUCAGCCAACGGAAUUCACCAUCAGGAGCCCGACAGCAAUCAAGACGUGCGUAUCUUUUUUGAGUGACUUUACUACGGUGGCUGGCGUACAUCCUGCCGGUGGUACUAAAACAUCUUUUUGUUUGUUUGGGGGGGGGUGGUCGGUGUUUGCAGCAGCAGCAGCAGCAGCAGCGCUGAUACAAGACGAGAAAGCAUCAACCGGGACUCAGAAGAACGUCCGUCCGACCGAUCCAUCCAUCCUGCGGUGGCGGACGUAUGAACUUGAUAUCGUAACCA